UUGUCCCCUUGUAGCUUGGAGUAACCAGCCAGCGGCAAAAUGAAAUUACUCAAAAACCCUCUACCCUUCUAAACCCUGCCUUAUUUUGAUCAAAGCUUUCUAUUUUUGUGUUUCACGAUGUCAUCUUUGUCUAGAUUCGUUGUCAAAGAUUACAAUCUGCAAACAUAUGAUGCUAUAUGUAGAAGACCCUUGUAUUUGAUUCCUGCUACAAGGCUACAGCCAGCUCAUCCGGAUGUUAGAGCUGGAAUAUCUGUGCCUGAGAAUGGGAUAGGUUGGGCAAUCCAACGCAAGCCAAGUAGUCCCCUAGUUGCUCUUGCGGCCCCUUCCUCCAUCAUUCCUGCUUCAAGGAAUUCCAGAGUUGUGUGCAAGGCUGCAGCAAAUGUAUCCGGAGAUUUUCCUACGCCAAGUGGGAUGAACCAGUACGAAAGAAUGAUUGAAACUUUGACAACUCUUUUCCCUGUGUGGUUAUUCUGGGGAACUAUUAUUGGUAUCUACAAGCCAGCUGCGGUAACAUGGUUAGAGACAGAUCUUUUCACCAUUGGCCUAGGUUUCCUCAUGCUUUCAAUGGGAUUAACAUUAACCUUUGAGGAUUUCAGACGCUGUCUACGGAACCCAUGGACUGUAGGUGUAGGAUUUCUUGCUCAAUACGUAAUCAAGCCUAUGCUAGGAUUUGCUAUUGCAAUGACUCUGAAACUUUCUGCUCCACUUGCAACUGGUCUUAUUUUGGUCUCAUGCUGCCCUGGUGGUCAGGCGUUAAAUGUUGCAACCUAUAUAUCUAGGGGGGAUGUAGCACUCUCUGUUCUCAUGACAACAUGUUCAACUAUUGGAGCAAUAGUUAUGACACCCCUCCUCACGAAGCUUCUUGCCGGUCAGCUUGUUCCUGUUGAUGCUGCGGGUCUUGCUAUCAGCACUUUUCAGGUUGUGUUAGUACCAACAAUUGUUGGAGUCUUGUUCAAUGAAUUCUUUCCCAAAUUCACUUCAAAAAUAAUCUCAGUAACUCCAUUAAUUGGAGUUAUUCUCACUACUCUACUUUGUACAAGCCCUAUUGGCCAAGUAUCUGAAGUCUUGAAAGCCCAAGGAGCUCAGCUAAUAUCGCCUGUAGCUCUCCUACAUGCUGUCGCAUUUGCCCUUGGUUACUGGAUUUCAAAAAUAUCAUUUGGUGAAUCCACUUCUCGGACCAUAUCCAUUGAAUGUGGUAUGCAGAGCUCUGCACUUGGUUUCUUGCUUGCCCAGAAACAUUUUACCAAUCCCCUAGUCGCUGUUCCUUCUGCAGUUAGUGUGGUUUGCAUGGCGCUUGGUGGGAGUGCUCUUGCUGUGUAUUGGAGGAACAGACCACUUCCUGUGGAUGACAAGGCUGAUUUUAAAGAAUGACAAGUUUUCACCAAUAUUCUUUUCUUGUAUCUUUUGAUCUUAGAGAUUUUUUUUUUCCAUUUUUUUGUAGGAAAGUCAGUUGUUGGAUAGGAUGAAUUUUAGUAGAAAUAAAAGAAAUAUAAGUGACUAUAAUCUUAAGUUUGUGUAUUGAGCUUAGUUCAAACUCGAAGUUCAAGUUUGAU